GUUCUCGGAUUUUCAAAAGUAGCGUGUCACCACCCAGUGGUGAAGGCUGCCAUUCGGUAGCAUCAUUCGUAACUACUCACGCCUCUGUCCGUGACCUAUAAGACGCCAUCCGGCUUGCCGGAAUGACGAGUAAUUACGAAUGCCUCGUGACAGACACUUUGCCACCAGUCUCGGCAAGCUCAACUCGCCGCUGGCUGCCGCAUAUGGAUGCCUCCCCAACUCGACAGAGAUGCUGCUCUCGCUCAACUGCAGACAGUUUCAUUGAUUUGUUACGGUCUGGUUGUGAGUACGGACAGUGCUGGAUACAACUUUGAGAUAAAACUGUGUAUGCCUCAGCAUAUCAGCUCUGGACAAGCGUCAACUUCAAGAGAACGAGAGCUUUUCACGCAACAACUUGCCAAUACCAGCACCGUUCCAACCCGCAGAGCAUGGGAAUAUAACGCAUCACUGAGUAGUUGCCACAGGUGAAAGAAUGCCUUGAUGCCAGCCACAUUGUAAUCCAUCCACAGUGACAUUAGACAUUAAAACCUGAAACGAGAUUUGAUGUAUCCAGCGAGCACUAAAACCUUAUGACACAAAUUCCUUUCUAGAGGAUAAUGCUGUUGAACUAUGGCCCGUCCAGUCACAAUCCACUGGAAGAAGAUAGCAGGCAUUUCUACUGUUGUGAUGAUUGUGCUAUUUGUGGGCUGUCCGUUAAUGUGUAAAUACGAAGUGUGGAAGAAGAAGCAAGAAUGUCGAGUCUUUCCAUAUCCGGAUAUUGUAUACUCCAACUCACCGGAAGAGGAGACAAGUAAAAGUUUACCUGAAAGUCGGGUUUUCCGCUGGGAUGGGAAUUCCUGGAUCAAACUAAAUAGCUUCUGUGCCUGGACGGAUAGCUUCGAGUGUAUAAGCCUCAAGACCAACGCUGGUGAUACACCCCUGUAUCUCCAUGAUAUUCAGGAUGAUAAAUAUGUUUCGGGAGAUCUGUACUACCAAGGUGUGUAUGAGCCCGAGUCGGCAAAGGCAAUCCAAGAGACCUUAGCAGAAGAUCGGACUCUAGGAUUUGUUGACAUCGGUUCUCACGUGGGCACAUUCUCCAUUAUGGCUGCCCGUGCUGGGCAUGAGGUAGUAGCAGCUGACCCGCUAGUGGAGAAUGUGCUCAGGUUUUGUAAGUCAGUUCAACAUGGUGGAUUCACCAAAAAAGUUUCCAUUUUUUUCACAGCUAUUUCCAACAGUUACAGAGAGGUUAUGUUCAGUCGCGCAAAAGCGAAUGUUGGAGGGACUGGUAUCUUUGAUUCACACCAAGGCAGCAAGGUCCGAUUUUAUAACCCUGAUGUUACACAAACAGUUCGCCUUGAUGACUUGUUACCAGAAGCGAUGUCCAAAUUUCAGAAUGCCUUUUUAAAGAUGGAUGUUGAAGGUCACGAAUACCAAGUCCUCAUUAGUGGAGAGAAAUUCUUCAGCACUUUGAACGUUAAAGCUAUUUACAUGGAAUGGAGGUUUUAUAGGAAGGGUUCUACUGGGGAGAAAAUAUUACAGUGGAUGUCUGAAAGAAACUACCACCCGUUCAAUCCUUAUCGGACAAAAGAAAGAUAUCCAAUGAAUACCUAUACAGAAUGGCCUGAUAAUGUUUUGUGGAGAAAAGCAAGUCCUAAGUGAUCAUUGGUGUGAGUGCUCAUUGUGUGAUGAAUGAAAGUUCUUACAAGGCCCUUAGCCUGCAAUGUCUUGUCGGCCAUUUUGCCAUUACUUCCUCAUAUAUUACCUGAAAUAAUAUUCGAUGAACUUUACCAGGUUUUCUGUAAUUUCAUGAAAAAUACUCGUACACAUUUACUCAUCAGUUUUUGAGAUGUUAUCAUUCUAUAAUUACUCUUUACAAGUCAAGUGUUCAUUCAAGCAUUUCUAAACUGUUAGCCCAUGGCCCACCAGCCCUGAGUUAUGUGGGUCAUUAAGAAAAUAUUGUUGGUCAUGUCAAAUGUCAAACUUUUUAGUCAAACACUACUAGUUACUAGUAUGAGUUCCCUUUUUUUUUUAAACUUUCAAUCCAGGUGAGGUCAACAAGAGAAACCAAAUACCAACUUGAGUUUUGCUUGAGUUGCCAACCAAGAACAAACUUGUGAUGCAUAUCAGAUAUUACAUGUAUGGAUGUGUCAACACCACCCGUCCGUACCUGUACAGUGUGUCAUGUUAAGUAUUAAUGCGCGAGUGUGCUGCCUAGAAUGAACACUGCUUGUCUUCUGUGUGCAUUCUUUCUAAAAUAUAUUUUGACUGUUUCUUUUUAUAAGAUUAGCGUUUCUAUGUGCCUUUGAGUGUGAGACAGAUGGAAAUCUGGGUUCAGAAUAUCUGUCAACAAUGUAUGCAUAAAAACUGACUAAAGUGAUCGUGCUCAGAAAUAUAAAGCACUAAAAACUGACUAAAGUGAUCGUGCUCAGUAUUUCGAAUGUUUGCAUGUCAUCGUAACCUGAUCACAUGGACCGUUGCUCAGAAUAUUGAUCACUGGAAUGUCUGGUCCACACUCUAUAAUUACAGGCUGCUGUUGUAUAACUUCAAUAUUUCCUGGUGAGACAUUCAACAAGAGAAAACAAACAAAAACCUUUUGUUAUUUCACAAUUAUGAAAAUAAAACAGCAGCUGAAUUUUAA